GCCUCGCCAAGCACUAUGGCGUCGGCACCCUCUGCUCGGAUGCGACACGCACGACUUUGCCGAACACCUUCCUGUGCAGAAAGCUGGACUUAGUCAAGGUGAAGGGCAAGGAAGAGGCUGUGUGGGUCUACGAAUUGAUCGAUGAAGUCUCUGGGCCGGCAGAUCUUCACCCUCUCAGUCGCUAUCUGCAGCUGUACCAUGAUGCGCUGGAGGCAUUUCAUCGCCGAGACUUCGUGAAGGCCAUUCACUUGGCAAAUUCCUACCUGGCGCAG